CAUCCGAGCCAUCGAGAGCCCGGCCAAGGAUGACGAUACCAUCUGGCUGACAUAUUGGGUGGUCUACGGCGCCUUCAGCGUGGUGGAGUUCUUCUCCGAUACCUUCCUCUACUGGUUCCCCUUCUACUAUGCCGGCAAGUGCCUCUUCCUGCUGUGGUGCAUGGCGCCCUUUUCGUGGAACGGCUCGCAGGUGCUCUACCGCGGCUUCAUCCGUCCCUGGUUUUUGAAGCAUCACCAGACGGUGGACAGCGUCCUCAGCGACCUCACCGGCCGCGCUGCCAGCGUUGCCUCCACCGCCUCCCGGGAAG